GAGCAUAUAUUCUUAUCAUUUAGGAAAUCAAAAUCACCAUUUGCAGUUUGCAAGCAUAUUUUGGUUCUUCAUGCUUUGGAAGUAACAGUUGAAGAGAGGUGAGGAAAGUUUGUGAAAAUUGUGAUCGGUGAUUAGCUGCCACCUGCCUGAGGUGUCUUCUGAGAGGAACUAACCUCUUUGUGGUGCUAGAGCAAAGGUCACUGGAUAAAAAAGGAACAGAAACGAGUAAGGUAGACUACGUCCUCUUUCAAGCUGCCACAGCCGUCAUGGAGGCCGUUGUCCGCGAGUGGAUCCUCCUGGAGAGAGGGAGCGUCGAGUCACUGCGCACAUUCCUCUUAACCUACGUCUUACAGAGGCCUCACCUCCAAAAGUAUGUUCGGGAACAGAUUCUAUUAGCAGUAGCAGUAAUUGUAAAACGAGGAUCAUUAGAUAAAUCAAUUGACUGCAAAAGCAUUUUUCAUGAAGUCAGCCAGUUGAUAAGUAGUGGCAACCCCACUGUGCAAACUCUGGCCUGUUCUAUUCUAACUGCACUAUUGAGUGAAUUCUCAAGUUCAAGUAAAACUAGCAACAUUGGACUGAGUAUGGAGUUCCACGGCAACUGCAAAAGAGUUUUUCAGGAAGAAGACCUCCGUCAGAUCUUCCUGCUGACGGUGGAAGUCCUGCAGGAAUUCAGCAGGCGGGAGCACCUCAGCGCCCAGAUGUCAUCCGUGUUCCAGCGCUACCUGGCCCUCGCCAACCAAGUCCUGAGCUGGAACUUCCUUCCUCCAAACUUGGGAAGACAUUAUAUAGCCAUGUUUGAGUCCUCGCAAAAUGUGCUCCUGAAGCCCACGGAGUCCUGGCGGGAGGCCCUUCUGGACAGCAGGGUCAUGGAGCUUUUCUUUACCGUACAUCGAAAAAUCAGAGAAGAUUCCGACAUGGCACAAGACUCCCUGCAGUGCCUCGCCCAGUUAGCUUCUCUUCACGGACCCAUCUUCCCCGACGAAGGGUCCCAAGUGGAUUAUCUCGCACACUUCAUUGAGGGCUUACUGAAUACCAUCAAUGGAAUUGAGAUAGAAGAUUCUGAAGCUGUGGGGAUCUCCAGCAUCAUCAGCAACCUGAUAACUGUGUUCCCUCGCAACGUCUUAACCGCCAUUCCAAGCGAGCUCUUCUCGUCCUUUGUGAGCUGCCUGACACACCUCACGUGCUCUUUCGGGCGCAGUGCUGCACUGGAGGAGGUGCUGGAUAAAGACGACAUGGUGUACAUGGAAGCAUACGACAGGCUGCUGGAGUCCUGGCUGACGCUGGUCCAAGACGACAAGCAUUUCCACAAAGGCUUUUUCACCCAACACGCAGUUCAAGUGUUCAAUUCCUAUAUUCAGUGCCACCUAGCAGCUCCCGAUGGCACAAGGAAUUUGACUGCCAACGGAGUGGCCUCUCGUGAGGAAGAAGAGAUAAGUGAACUGCAGGAGGAUGAUCGAGACCAGUUUUCAGAUCAACUAGCCAGUGUAGGAAUGCUAGGACGCAUUGCUGCAGAGCACUGUAUACCUCUCCUGACAAGUUUAUUAGAGGAAAGAGUAACGCGGCUCCACGGGCAGUUGCAGCGGCGGCAACAGCAGCUCCUCGCUUCACCUGCUUCAGGCUCUGCCGACAGCAAGGUGCUGGAUGAUCUGUACGAAGAUAUCCACUGGCUUAUUUUAGUUACAGGCUACCUCUUAGCUGAUGAUACUCAGGGAGAGACUCCGCUAAUACCUCCAGAAGUAAUGGAAUAUUCCAUUAAGCAUUCAUCUGAAGUUGACAUUAAUACAACACUUCAAAUUUUGGGAUCUCCAGGAGAAAAGGCUUCUUCCAUCCCAGGGUACAACAGAACAGAUUCUGUGAUUAGGCUGUUGUCUGCUGUUCUCAGAGUUUCAGAAGUUGAGUCUCGGGCAAUAAGGGCAGAUCUCACGCACCUGCUAAGCCCUCAGAUGGGCAAAGAUAUUGUUUGGUUUCUAAAGCGCUGGGCAAAGACUUAUCUCCUGGUGGAUGAGAAACUGUACGAUCAGAUAAGCGUGCCAUUCAGUACAGCAUUUGGAGCAGACACAGAGGGCUCUCAGUGGAUUGUUGGCUACCUCUUGCAGAAGGUCCUCAGCAACCUCUCGGUGUGCAGCAGUGAGCAGGACCUCGCAAAUGACACAGUGCAGCUGCUCGUCACUUUGGUGGAGAGAAGGGAGAGGGCAAACCUGGUGAUCCAGUGUGAAAGCUGGUGGAACCUAGCCAAGCAGUUUGCGAGCCGAAGCCCACCUCUGAACUUCUUGUCCAGCCCCGUGCAGAGGACGCUGAUGAAGGCGCUUGUCCUGGGGGGCUUCGCUCACAUGGACGCAGAGACCAAGCAGCAGUACUGGACAGAGGUUCUUCAGCCUCUUCAGCAGCGGUUCCUAAGAGUGAUAAACCAGGAGGACUUCCCGCAGCUGUGCCAGCGGGAGGAGGUGAAGCGGGAGGUCACCGCCACGCUGGAGGCCCUGUGCGGCAUCGCUGAGGCCACCCAGGUCGACAAUGUGGCCAUCCUCUUCAACUUUUUAAUGGACUUCCUUACCAAUUGCAUUGGAUUGAUGGAAGUUUACAAAAAUACCCCCGAGACCGUCAAUCUCAUCAUAGAAGUUUUUGUUGAAGUGGCACAUAAGCAGAUAUGCUAUCUUGGAGAGUCCAAAGCCAUGAACCUGUACGAGGCGUGCCUCACCCUGCUGCGCGUGUACUCCAGGAACAACGUGGGGCGGCAGCGGGCCGACGCUCCCGCGGAGGAGGAGGAGCAGUACCAGGACCUGCUGCUCAUCAUGGAGCUCCUCACCAACCUCCUGUCCAAGGAGUUCAUAGACUUCAGCGACACAGAUGAAGUGUUUAGGGGUCAGGAGCCUGGGCCAGCAGCAAACAGAUCUGUGUCGGCAGCCGAUGUUGUGUUAUAUGGAGUGAACCUGAUUCUGCCCUUGAUGUCACAGGACCUCUUGAAGUUUCCAACCCUUUGUAAUCAAUACUACAAAUUAAUCACAUUUAUCUGUGAGAUUUUUCCUGAAAAAAUACCACAGCUUCCUGAAGAUCUUUUUAAAAGUCUGAUGUACUCGUUGGAACUAGGAAUGACGUCAAUGAGUUCGGAGGUUUGCCAGCUGUGCCUGGAAGCUUUGACCCCGUUAGCUGAACAGUGUGCAAAAGCACAGGAGACAGACUCGCCACUUUUCCUGGCAACACGGCACUUCCUCAAGCUGGUGUUUGAUAUGCUGGUUUUGCAAAAGCACAACACAGAAAUGACCACCGCAGCUGGCGAGGCGUUCUACACGCUGGUGUGCUUGCAUCAGGCGGAAUAUUCUGAACUGGUUGAAACAUUACUGUCAAGUCAGCAAGACCCAGUUAUUUACCAGAGAUUAGCAGACGCCUUCAACAAGCUCACUGCAAGCAGCACGCCCCCUGUGCUGGACCGGAAGCAGAAGAUGGCCUUCCUGAAGAGUUUAGAAGAGUUUAUGGCAAAUGUUGGUGGUCUCCUUUGUGUAAAAUAAACAACAGAGCUUUAUGCUUAAUCAGAUCCUUCCUGCAAAGUGCACUGAAUUGCUAACAGUUGACUUGAGUCUUGUCCUUUUUGUCAGUUCGUUGGCCGUUUGGAUUUUGGGAGCCUGGCAGGGCACUGUGUGGUGCAGGGAAGCAUUACCCUCAGUCCGUCGUAGGUCUUGUAGCUUUUGAAUGGUGAUUUCAGAUUCUCAAAAUGAAAUUCCACAUAUGUGCAAAGAGAUAUGGGCACCAUGAAAUACGUAUUCAGUGCCUUUUCCCUCUUUAUCAAAGCGUUAGGUGGCUACCCAAAGUUUAGCGUUUUCACUAUCAGAUAUCAGCUGGAUAUCUGCUCAUCUGUGUCACUGAGGAGCUGGUUGAAAAGACAGAUUCCUGGGCCCACCUGUAGACAGACCCUCAGAGUCAGCAUUUGUUUGUUGGACCUUGGAUUCUUGGUUUUGAUAAGCGCCUCUCCUCUGCCACCCCUGCAGUUUUCAGUCAGUGCAGAAGGCCGGAAAGCGUCUAGAGGGGUGUGCUUGCCCAGCCCUCCCUUUGAGGAGGGGGAGGGGACUGGGCAGGGGGAAGGGCACCGCCAGGUGUUUGGCUUCCUGUUACCACGCUCUCCCUGUCUGUCUUGUGUCACAGCAGCCUGGUAAUUGCAGGUUUUGUGAACCUACUCUGAUGCCUGAACUUGAGGAGGAAAAUACAUGUAUAUUUUUGUUCCAUAAGAAGAACUUUAGGAACUGUAGCCAUUUCAUUGCCUUAAUUUGAAGAAGGAAUUACACAAAGCAGAUUUGUUUAGUAAGAAAUCCAGUCUUGCUGCUUCAGAGUCGGCUUAGGGUGUUAGCUGCUGUGAACGUGGGGCCCUCUUGAUUGUGUGUAUUUAUGUGGUUUUAUGGGUGAAGUGAAAGGCUCAUUCAGAUGUAGUGUAACUUUCUGAGUAUGUUUCUGUCCAGCCACGUAGCCCAUGGCUAAUAAUUUGCUCUGAAUGGCUUGCUUAAGCAAUAACUAUUUUAAAGGGUGUGAAUUACUGAUUCAUAUAGACUCUCACACAUUGGGACAUAAGGGCAGUAAUUAUUCUAGAGUGGGUGUUAUACUCAUUUCACAGGAGCCGUGUAAAUUUAAGAGAUUAAAAAACUCACUUUAGGUCCUGUAGUUGGAUUUUUCUAAUCAGGAUUCUUGUUCUGCUGCCGUGCUGCCCUUAACUCUGCGCACCAGCUUCAGUUAUGGACACGAAAGCUAACUUACAAACAGCGGGCGCGCGACGCUGCCCACUUCAGCGUCAGAAUCACACAGCGCAGUAACAGGCGCGUUCUGAAACUGCGCCUCCGACGGGCGGGCUUUCUCGUCCCGUCCUUAACAUGCGUGUGCUCGGCUGACCUCCGAAUGUGGUGGUAACAGCUGGACUGCACAGAGUGGAUGCACCUCCCCAUGCACGGCUGCACAGCGGUGAGGGCAGCUCCGUGCUCUUGGCAGUUGCAGUUAAGCAGACGGAGCAUCUGAAUUCCACCCAGCCUGGGCAGGCGCCGCUGGACGCAGAUGAAAGCAAAGCCUAGAGCCACGGCUUUCUGAGAACGUAACCGAGGUGGAGCAAAAAGUCUUAAAAGACAUAUAGGGCAAAACUAGUAUCACUCUUUCUGAAGCGUACGUAUUAUUGUGUUCUUAAACAUACUUUGGACAGUGCAUUUACUUUUAGAUUUCUUCUUCUUUCCCUUAAAGAACUUGAAGUCAGAGGCAGCGGUAGUCACUUUGUUUGCAUUGUUUCUGGUGUUUCAUGUUUCCCAGCUCCCUAGCGCCCAGCAGUUGUGAGCUAAAUAUGUCCCUGUUCCUUUGCCUAAGGGCACCAAGACACGCAGCCGACUGGAUUGGUCCACUGACUGUGACAAAACUGUAAUCAAGUUGUUAUUGAAAAUAAAGAUGAGUAGGAAAGGAAUGCCAUGGUAAACAAAAAGGGCAUCUGUAUCUAAUAUCUUUUAUCUAGACAGAUGUAUUUGCUGUUUGCCCAGAUUUUAUUACAGUCCUGCAUUUUCAUUAGACCGCUUUUAAUUGAAACAAGAUUUUCUUCAGAUUGGACCAAAUAAUACAUAAGAUAUCAUCAGAAUGUUGGUUAGUGGCAAACUGGAAGGAAACGCCACCACCGUUUUUAGGUAGUGGGAAAGGCCACUUAAUUGCAACAGCCAGGCUCUUUUCAGUUGUUCGCAGUUUGUUUUCCUGAUUGGAUAUUUGAUUAGUUUGGGGCUUUUAUCUUGUCAAGUUUUGUCUUCAGCUAUGUUUGUUGGCUUUUCAGUUUUGGGGCGUUUUGUUUUAAUGCUUUUGGCCCAGUGGGUGCCAAGAAUACUGGCUUAAUUCUAGUAAAUUGAUUUUUACUGCUAAAACUGUUGUCAAAGGAGUUUUAAAAACAAAAACAUUAUUUGUGCCCCUUUUUAUAUAUGUUAAAGGGACACUGUUGAGUAUUUGAUUUUUUUAUAAUGCUGUGUUUUAUAAACUUUCUCUUAUUCAUACACAGUAUCCUAUCACCUCCGUUUUCAGUUCAGUCUUUGCUUGCUUUUAUUUUCCUUGGCCCUUUUAUUUCUGAAGGCACAGUCUCUGCAGACUUUGUACCUUCACAGUGUGUAUUUGUGUGGCAGCACCUGUAACUAAUUCUUGUAGCUGUGUUUGAAGGAUUGGUUUGCAUUUGUGGUCCUGGAUGGGUGGCUGCCUGGGGGGUAGGCCACCUGAGACAGUAUCUGACAGUGUCCUUGCUGUCUCUUCAUCUGUUGGGAGACAGUGGCAUGUAACCAUCACUGCAGUGAGUUUUCAACAGUGUGACCUUUUAUGUAAAAAAGCUUUGGAAUUUUUUUCAAACUGGUUUUAAGAAUUUAGUCUUACUUCGUUGUAAACCGUGUUUCUAAUUAUAUUACAUCACUGUUCAGAGGAGAUGGUUAGUACUGUUUUUUCACAGUUUGCAUUUCAAAACCAAACACCUCUGUGAUGCUUACCCCAGUCAGCAUUAUUUAACUUCCCUUACUGUCUUUGAACUUUCUCUUCUACCAAGAAAUGUCAAGUCUUCGUAUUUUUCCUAUCACCAUAUUUCCCAUUUCUGUUAAUACUUGUAUGAACCCCUCAAGUAUUGAAGGGAACAAGUUGUCAGUUUCAAGGAUUUCAAGUUUGAGUAUCUUAAUUUACCGUGUCAGUUGGACCCUUAAAAUACUAUUUUUGUCUGUUACAAUUUUACUUCUUUCUGUUUGCCACCUCUGUCAUUAGAGGUGUUGUCAUUAGACCUUAGUAAGUUCGCUGUCUCUGACAGAUGAUUAUCAUUGUUAGCUCCUGAAUAAAACAUUAACUGUUUUGAAA